AUGUCUUCAUAUCCUCGUGUCACUCGAAGUAUAACUGUUGAGCGUUGCGAAAAGUUUUUGUCGAAGGAAUUUUUUUCUGAUAUAAAUUUAUAUUCACAAUUAUAUGAAAAAUGCACUAAGUCGGAAGAAUACAUUAAAUUUUCGGUGUAUAAUGUUCCAGACCUCAAACGAAUUACUUUUGAAGAGGCAGUGAAAGCUAAAUACAAACCUGCAAAACGUGGUGAUUCUUUUGGUCCAAGUUGGUCUACUCAUUGGUUUCAUGUCAAUGUUCGAGUUCCUGAUGAUUGGAUCGGCGAAGAAGUUCAAUUUUUAUGGGACUCAAGAAGCGAAGCAAUGGUAUGGACUACAGACGGAACACCACUUCAAGGCCUUACUGGUACUGAUGGUGAUGAUCGUAGAGUAGACUAUGUUCUUACGCGUAGUUCAAAGGGUGGUGAUAAAUUUGAAUUCUAUAUUGAGAUGGCUUGCAUGUUUGGAAAUGCAAUUGGUAGUAGUAUCGAUCCACCUGAUCCAAAUAGAUACUUUACUCUUCAUCAAGUAGAAUUGGCCGUCCCAAAUCAGGGUGCCUGGCAGCUUAUGUAUGACUUCCAAGUUAUUCUCGAAAUGGCGAAAGAAGUUCCUCAUGAUACCAUGAGAUCGGCACAAGCACUCAAUGCUGCUAAUAAAAUAGUUAAUACUUUUCAACCAGGUGAUAAUAAUUCUAUCCAAGAAGCGCUUAAGAUUUCCAAUGAAUUUCUGAAACACAAAAAUGGUAGUACCCAAUAUACUUUGACCGCUGUUGGGCAUUGCCAUAUUGAUACUGCUUGGUUAUGGUGA